AUGAGCGAAUACGAACGGAUAAAAAGGGCUUGUUUGAAAAGGGGCGAACUUUGGGAGGAUCCGGAUUUUCCUGCAGCUCAAUUAUCAGUCUUUUACCAUCAAACGCCGCCAUUUCAAUUCGUUUGGAAGAGACCAAAGGAACUGUCGAACAGGCCUCAUUUUAUACAGGAUGGCCCGGCCAAUUUCGACAUCACACCAGGAAAAAUGGGCGACAAAUGGCUGGUAUCCUGCCUGGCCGUUUUGUACACGAACAAAGGCCUCUUCUACAGGGUGGUGCCGGCCGAUCAAUCGUUCAUCGGCGAUCAAUAUGCCGGCGUGUUCCGGUUCCGGUUGUGGUGGUGCGGCGAAUGGACGGAAGUUUUGGUCGACGAUCGAUUGCCGACCGUUCACGGGAAAUUGGCCUUUCUCCAAUCGCAGACGGCCGAACAUUUCUGGCCCGGUUUGCUGGAAAAAGCCUACGCCAAAUUGCACGGAUCGUACGAGGCGCUGAAAUACGGCAGCCUGCUCGACGGGCUGUCCGACAUGACGGGCGGCGUCGCCGAGAGCAUCCCGUUGCGUCGCGACGCCCCUCAAGCGUGCGCGCGCCUCCUCUACCGGCUGCUCGACAUGACGUCGAUCGUGACGUCGUCCUGCGACCAGACGAGAGGCGGGCAGGAGAAGGGGCCCACCGACGGGGCCCAGCCGAUCGCGGUGAAUUACCGAAUUUUGGGCGUCGAGAGGAGGGAAACGUUCGACGGGGACGGCGUCGACGCCGUGAGAUUGAAGAAUCCGCUGGGCGAUUGGAUGUUCGGAGCGCCCGAAUGGUCCGAUGAGGAAUCGGACAGGAUAGAGUGCAAAUCGGGCAACGGCGAGUUCUGGAUGCCGCUAUCCAGGUUCCUGGAGCUGUUCACCCACUUGGAAAUAGUCCAUUUGGACAGCGACACCAGCAGGGACGAGCCCACGUUGCACAACAAAACCACCUGGCAGAUGCGGCUCUAUCAGGGCGCGUGGCAAAAGGGCGUCUCCGCAGGAGGUUGCAGGAACAAUUCCGACACGUUCCACAUCAAUCCCCAAUUGCAUUUGUUGGUGGCUGAUACAGAGGAGGUGAUAGUAUCGUUGAACCAACACAGCAUCAUGGAACCUAAGGUAAUAGGCUUCACGUCGUACGCGCUACCUCAAAACACCAACGAACCAUUAGGCAAGGCGUUCUUCAAGAAAACGAAGUCGCUGUUCAAUUCGCAGUACACCAACAGCAGGCAGAUCGCCCAUCGGCGGCAGCUCGACCAAGGCGGCUACCUGAUCGUCCCGACGACCUUCGAACCGAGCCAGGAGUCGGGCUUCACGUUGCGCGUGUUCUCCUGCAAGCCGCUGAAGCUGAAGCUGCUCGACACGGCGCCGGCGCUGCUGAAGCGCGCCGUCGUCAAGGCGCCGCCGCUGAUCGACGGCAGGAGCUUCGGCCAAUACGAGGCGGUGUUCCUGCAGCUGGCCGACGAACAUCGGACGGUCAACGCGUUCGAGUUGCAGGAGCUGCUCGACGCCUGUUUGCCCAACGAUUAUAUCAAGAGUUGCGCUUCGAUCGAAGUGUGCCGGCAAAUCGUCAUGACGUUCGAGGCGUCUGGAUCGGGUCGAUUGAAGUUCGCCGAUUUCAAGGACCUGAUGUGCAGCCUGAAGCACUGGCAGACGGCCUUCAAAAAUCACACGAAAGAGAAGACGGGCAUCCUGAAGGCCGAGAGGCUGCGCGACGCCCUGCAGGAGGUCGGCUUCCAGCUGGGCAGCGACGUAUUGGCGACAUUGGUGCAGAGAUACAUGAGGAAAGACGGUACUUUGAGAUUCGGCGAUUUCGUGUCGGCCAUAUUGAAAUUGACCGUGUCGUUUUCCGUAUUCGAAGCAAAAGAUCCACUGCAAAGCGGCUGUAUAAAAUUAAAUUUAGCAGAGUGGCUCAAAUCGUCCCUCACUUGUUGA